AUGUGCUUCAAUAAAGCAGAGCCGCUGGUUAACUACUCCUUUGGAACAUGUCAACAGAGGAAGGUCUUCCCUCACUCCUGUCCCCCAAGCUUGUUGGGGAACAAGUUUCUCCCUCUUAGGGGAGAGCCCAACAGAGGGUCUGGAUGUUACAUAGCAGAAGAUAGGUAUGGCUUGGCAUACAACCUCUCUAAGGUCCCGACCAGUAUAAAAGGAUAUGCUUUUGGAGCCAGAACAGCCGUGAGGUUUAAGCCAAUUACCAAGGAUAUGACACCUUAUCCAGGCAUGUACCAGACAGUCAAUCCUCGAGAGCAAAAACACAAACACAAUUUUGCUCCAUUUAAUUCUUUGCUGCCUCAAUUUAGGACAUACUCAAAGGACUCUUGUUAUCCUGGCCCCACCACAUAUAACCCAGAGAUAAAGCCACCCAAAAAAGUCACCUGGCCAAUGAAAUUUGGAUCUUCAGACUGGGCUCAUGUUCCAUGUCUACAGAAAAGAACACUGAGAGCAGAGCUGCCCACAGACAAAGACUUUAGAAAGCAUCGGAACCGUGUGGCCUACCUAAGCCUGUAUUACAACUGA